ACAGGUCUGGCAAUGAUGAUGUCCCGGAGCUUUUGUGAGUGUGAGAAGUCUUUAUCUGUCCUUUCUUUUUACAAGAACAGUUUUGUUGGGUGAGCGUUCUUGGUUUGCAGGGAUUUUUUUUUUUCUUGGAUACCUUGAAUAUGGCAUCAAAUUCUCUCUGGGCCUAGAAGAUUUCUCCUGGUGAAGGAAACAUCUAGAAUUUGCUGGUGGAGCUGACCUCCUGCCUGGAACUCGCAACUCCCCCUGCUGGUGGCCCACCCCUGAGGUGACAGAAACAGAUCACACCUUCAGUUCAGGGACCCGUUUUCCUGACGCUAUGAAGCUGACCAGCCUCUCCCUGCUGGCCUUGACCGUCCUGCUUUGCCUCCACGAGGCCCAGCCUGGAUUACGGAAGAAUGGAACCAAAUGGAAACCUGGACAUUGCCCGGAGUUUUAUCUCGAGUGUAUGUUCAGUGGAUUGCCUGGGUGCCUGAGUGACCGAAGCUGCAAGGGGACCAAGAAAUGUUGCUACUACAACUGCCGACAUCAGUGCAUGGAUCCGUCGAUGACUGUGGAUUGAGGUGGAAACUUGUUAAACAGGCCUGAGAAGACACUGAUGCUAUAGGCUCAGACAUGGAAAACUGGGCCCCAGUUCUUCCCUGCUCCUCCC